CCUGUGCACAUUCACAACGUGUUUCCCACUGACUGGCUAUGUCGCACAGUUAUCGAGUACGUCAUUGAACCACGGCGGUAUAUUUCAGCCUACCAUGAGUGUUAUCUAAAAAGUGGACUCAUUGUUAUGUAUUUACCCAAGGACAUGCUAACAUGUGAAUGAAGUGAAUGAGAUACGGAAAUUAUUUAAGAAAUAAUCAGAAUCUUUUAAACACGGAAAACAAAAGAAGCGUCAUUGUUUAAGGAUGGCCCUUUCCACGAAUAAAGUAGGCAAGGUUUUCGUGCAUUUCGUGCGAAAUUACAGCGCAGAAACCACCAAACACUAUAAAGUGGUGGUUGCCGGAGGCGGCUCAGGUGGUCUUUCAAUCGGGGCACGUGCUUGUCGGCAAUUUGGAGUUGGAAACGUGGCAAUUAUUGAACCGGCCAAGGUCCACUACUACCAGCCCAUGUGGACAUUGGUCGGGGCCGGGGUAAAAACAUUGUCGCAGUCAGGCGUCCCCACCCAAGAGGCUUUACCACGGGGAUGUAAGCACUACAAUCAGUAUCUACAGGAAUUCGACCCAGAGAGAAAUACAGUCACCCUUAAAAAUGGGGAAAAGCUCAGUUACGACUACCUUGUAGUGGCCUUGGGAAUACAGAUAGAUUUGAAAAAGGUGGAGGGUUUAGAGGAAGCCUUGAAGAAUGACAAGAACGUAUGCACAAACUACUUGAGGGAGUAUGUGGAAAAGACGUUUCCUGCCAUCCAGGAUUUCCGCGGAGGAAACGCCAUCUUCACUUUCCCAAACACGCCUAUCAAGUGUGCAGGCGCGCCCCAGAAAAUCAUGUAUCUGGCUGAGGACUAUUGGAAGAAGCAUGGAGUUAAAGACAAGACAAAGAUUCUCUACAACACUGCCUUGGGUGUGAUAUUUGGGGUGCCAAGAUAUGCGGAAAGCUUGAUGAAGGUCGUUGAAAGAAAAGGAAUAAUCCUGAACAAGCGACAAAGUUUGAAGGCUGUGGACCAUGCCAAGAAGACUGCAACCUUUGACCUCCUUGACAGCGAGAAAGGAGAGACACAGACGUACCAUUACGACUUUCUUCAUGUGGGACCGCCCCAGUCAGGACCAGAUGUGCUCAAGAAUUCUUCAGUGCCGAUUGUUGACGCGACAGGGUUCCUUGAUGUGGAUAAAAACACAUGCCAGCAUGUCAAAUUUCCGAACAUUUUUGGCAUUGGGGACUGUACCAACAUACCUGCUGCGAAAACUGCAGCUGCUGUAGCUGCCUGCAGUGGACACCUGUGGCGAGGAAUCAAAGACAUGGAGGCUGGAAAGAAGCCUUCAGGCACAUACAAUGGCUACUCCUCAUGUCCGCUGAUCACAGAUUACCACCACUGCAUUCUUGCCGAGUUCGGUUUUGACGGGCAGAUUUACGAAACGUUCCCGCUCGACCAGAGCAAGGAGAGACGUACAAUGUACCAUCUCAAGAGAGAUGUCAUGCCACAAAUAUACUGGCAUAUGUUCCUCAAAGGUUACUGGAAUGGGCCGGGAACGUACCGGAAGAUAAUGCACCUUGGAAUGUGCUGCUGAAAAGUGCACUCUUGCGCCUUUAACAUAUGUUUUAUGAUAUAUCCAAGUUGUUAAGCACUUCUGCAUUAUCUUAUCAUUGUUUGGUUUUUAAAUUUAUAUUUGUGAGUGAUCAUAAUAUCAAUGUCUAAAAUUAUAGUUUGAUCCACCAGUUCUAACCAAAAAAAUAUUUUUCUUAGGAUUUAAAACAUCCUAACUUUGAAGCAUUGAGAAACAAUUUUUUGGAAAUCAUGAGCUAACAAUAUUUUGUCUUACGCUCGUGGAUAAGAUGGAUGCAACCCAUGCAUUAUUUUGGCGGAAUUGUAAUUAUGGUACCUGUGGUCUUAAAUUCUUGCAUAUUCAUUUUGAAUGCUUCUCAGUUUUAAUCAAUUUUCGACAUUUUUAUUUUUAUUUUAAAAGUGUGUUUGUUACAGAUAUAAAAGCAAAAUAACGACAAUUAAUAUGUAAUAGGGGAACUCAGUCAUUCAAAUUUAUGAUGAAGCAAAGCAAAUAAUUAUAUUAGUGUUGUAAGGUUUUACUCUUUAGUUGUAAUUAAUUGUAACAUAUCUUAAAGCUGCACUCUCGCAGAAUGACCAUUUUUAUUUUGUUUUUGAAUGAACCAAUUUUUGUGUAAAUGUCUGGAAACCAGUGAUAUUAGAUUGCUGACGAAAGACCAAAUUGUUUUAUGGCUUAAAGCGUAUCCAACACCUCUGAAAAAUGAAAUUUUCUGCAGGCUCUCAAACAUUUGAGAUCUGUUGUAUUGUUAAUCAUCUUAGAUGACUGAAUUGAAGGCAUUGAUAACAAAAUCAGCUGAUUCUGAGAAAAAAAAGAGUCAAAACUGUCAAUCUUUGAGGGCGCAGCUUUAUUUUUUUUUUAAUUAAAAUAAAAGAGAACAUGAAAACAUUCAUGUUUUUCAGCAUUAAAGAAGUUCAUCUUAAGUAUUUACUUUUUAAAAGAAAGUACAUGAAAUUAUUGUGACUGUUAUAUGUCACAUGUUCAAGUAUUACUUGCCUUGUAAAGGCCAAAUGUAUAUAAUAGUAUUAAUAUAUAAUUAUGAUGAGGUUGUUCCAUUAACGCUUUGUUGGGGGAUUUUGAAUCCUUCAAUGUAAUUACCAGCACCGAUUUCUUGAAACUUCUUAAGUCCCUUAUAACAGGAUUAAGCUAAGCUCACUAUUUUUGAUUUACAAUAAAUUGCGUAAUAUUACUUUCUUUAAGAGUUUUUAUACUUUGGAUAGGAAUUAUCAUGAUGAAAAUCACAUUAAACCAUUUUUUCAUUUAUCAAGAUUCAAUUUAAGUAUGUAUUUUGGCUAAUUGAAAUAAGCUACUUAAGCCUGUUAAGCUUAAGAAGUUUCGAGAAAUUGGCCCCAAUUUCCAAAAUAAUCUUACAUGAAACAAGCUCAAGUAUCUUAUUUCAUUUGACCACAUUAUUAAUUUAAACUUGUUUUUACAAGAGAUAGUUGUAUACUUUAGACCAAAGGAAAGCUUGACUUAAGAUUGUUCAAGAAAUUGGGUCAAAAAGGAACGCUAUUGUACUUAUUGUGCAGAUUUUUUUUCUACUUAGAAAUAUGAUUUCGUUUAUUUUUGCGGGAACAUAGAAUAGAGUUUCCAGUUUGAAGUACAAAUGCAACAAAGUUGCAGAUAUAUAGAUACCGGCCUAUGUGCUUCACUGUGAUCUUUUGCCUGGUCAUACACUUUUGUUAAAGAUUUUGGAAGAUCACGCAGUUGUUGUUAAUGUUAUAUACAUGUUUGUGAUUUUCAUGGAUGUAAGACAAGUUGUAAUAUUAUCGUUUUAUCUCAAAUUAUGAUUCUUGGACACACACAAAAUAUGUCGCUUCUGAAGUGUUUGAAACUGACUGAUAUUUAGUUAUUUGAAACUUGUUUCUUCAUAAAUUGCAAAAAAACAUUACAUUGUUUACUUUGUUCUGUUUUGCAACAUAUGAUAAUUAUGCUUUGACCAAUAAAUCCAGUAUUCUCUUA